UCUCUUGGCGCCUCAACAUGGCUGACAUCGUAGAAGCGGAGAACAUUUAUACCAAAGCAGCGAAAUUUGAACUAGCAAAUGACUGGAACAACGCUUUCAAGUUUUAUUUACAAGCAGCGGACGCAUUUCUACACAUUCAUAGCCGUACUGGCGAUCCAAAAUACCGGAAAAACGCUGCCAAGGCAGUAGAUCGUGCUGAAAAGAUCAAGCAAUUCAAAACGCUAACUCCUUUAACAACCGACAACUUUUCACGUCAAUUUUCGAUUCUCAAAAAGUCAUCCAUCAUAAACCAGAAUCAAAUCCCUCUGGCAACAUCAUCCCCAUCCGAUUCAUACCCAACUCCAUUCAAUGACCCAGAUGGUCAACCGUCACUCCCUUCUCCUUCUUAUACCUGGAAGCGUCCAAACUACCCAGAUUCAUCACUCCCACUCCUACCAUCCGACGUCAUUCAGAACAUAGUAAACGACUGCUCAGUGUGCGCUUCCAUCGCAGUAUGCAUACAACACAACAUACGAUUCAAAUCAAAUUUACUCCUUUCCUCCUUGUCUUCUUCUAAUGAUGGAAGAUACGAAUUAAAAGUCCUUAUAAAUGGUGAUUUUCGACGCAUAGUCAUCGACGACCGUCUCCCCUUUGACUCAAAUAACAAACUCAUUGGAAUAUCAACGGGCCCCAAAAAUCAACUAUGGCCUUCAUUCCUCGAAAAAGCAUACAUGAAGCUCAUGGGCGGAUACGAUUUUCUCGGCUCAAACUCUGCCAUAGACCUCCACGCCCUCACAGGCUGGAUCCCAGAACACCUCGAUCUACAAAGCGCAUCCUUUGAACGCGAACGCACAUGGUCUCGCAUCAUGACUGCGUUCCCACGAGGGGACUGUAUGAUGACAGUCGGAACAAACGAUAAAUCCCCGCUUAAUUACAAAACUGCCAAGCUUCUUCCUUCCCAUGAUUAUGCUAUUACAGAUAUUAAAGAAACAAACGAUGAGCGCUGGGUCACGCUUCUUGAUACGAGGUUAUGUACUCAACAGUGUGGCGAUUGCGGCGGUAGUGGGAGCUGUCCCAGGGUCCUCGAUAUACACUGGGAUGAUAUAUGCGCAACGUUCGAGGGGUUGUAUAUCAGCUGGAACCCAAAUCUGUUUGGGAGUUGUGUUGCGUUUCAUGGAUCAUGGCAGCUUGAAAAUGCAGAAGAUUUAUCACGAGUUUCUACUCACCACCUCCGACUGAACUAUCAAAAAACCAACGACUCCGCGCAUCAUACACACACAAACGAAACCAACGAAAAUGGAAAGGACUCGACAGAAACAGAAAUAUGGAUCCUCUUAACGCGUCACCUCCGCGACACCCGCCGCACAAACGAGUACAUCGCGCUUAAUGUUCAAGAGGAUGAUAUGGUUUUUAGCGAUCCAGAACAUGUUGCGCUCAAAAGCAACUACACAAACAGCACACACCUCCUGUCGCGCAUCAAACCCUCCCAAUUUCAAACCCAAACUUCAGGCUCGCUCUCCAUAUUAGCCUGCUACGAUGGUCAAUUCGAAGAGGUCGGGUUCACGGUCACUGCGUAUGCUUAUUCGUCGAAUGUAGUGGUGUCUUGGGAUACGAGGGUUUCCCCCGCGAAGUAUAUACAGAAGAUUGAUGGCGUGUGGACUAAUAAAACGGCUGGGGGGAAUUGCACAUAUCCGACAUAUAUGAUGAAUCCGCAAUAUCACCUGCAGGUGCAUAAUACCACUUCUAGUAUCGACAAACGGCCGAGCACUAGCACCAGCUCCGAUAAGUGCAACAAAACACAAGUUAUACUCACCGCACAGAGCACCAGGGAUAUCUCGCUGAACGUCACAGCAGUGUGGUCGCAAGGCGAGCGUAUAUCAGAACUGAGCCAGAAAGAGGUGGUGGCUCAUUCUGGGCCUUAUACAUAUGGGCACGCGCGUGUUGCUGCUCAUCUUGCUCCUGGCGACUAUACAGUCGUAUUAUCAGCUUACGAACCUGACCAAAUGGGAAAAUUCACACUUAAGGUGGAGAGUCCCGCUCGGUUUGAGAUAAAGGCGAUACCGCAGGAGGGCGCGGGGAUGUAUGUCAAGACCAUUCGUGGGAAAUGGGACUCGGCGACUGCUGUUGGAGGACCGAGUCAACAUUAUCACCGCAAUCCAGUGUACGAAGUAACCAUCCCAUGCACUUCUGAAUUCGGCGCCCGUCUCCAACUCCUCGCCCGCGUCCCGGGCGUAUCUACCAACCUCUCCCUUUUCACCUCCUCAAACCUCCAACGAUGGAUUGCUUCUUCCGGGCCUUACUCUGAUGCGCUUUCGGGCGUUGAUAUUCCAAAGAGGAGCAUAAGCCCUGGAAAAUAUUAUCUUGUGCCUUCGACAUACCAUGCUGGGGUGCAUGCACAGUUUCGGAUUGUUGUUUAUAGUGGUGUUGCGGGGAUCGAGGUCGUUUUGCGUUCGUGACUUGGCGGGCGAGGAAAGUAAUUCGUUGAAUGGUACGCGAGGGCUGGUUUGUGGACAUUCGUUAUUAACCAGCUUGAUAGUUUUUGAUUUGCUUUUAUUUAUUUACAAGGAAUGAACCCCUCGUGAUUGACUAGACCAUCCCAAUUUCUUCGUUGGCUUUGGAGCAUGGUUCUUCAAGGCGUUGCGUUGU